CAUUGAACAGAAAUUAUUAUUGUUUUAUAACAGUUUUUUUAAUGCUAAGACGCGAAGUGGGUUUCAACAUUAUCGUAAUCGUAAACCCGUGAUAGUAAACACAAAUUAAAAUGUAAACAAAUAGUUACGGUUUAGUUAGGUAUACCUACUAAUUAAAAUUGUUUAAAUUUUUCUGUUAUUUAUUGCUGUUUACGCAAUAGUUUUAUAAUGUCUGUAAACGCAAAUGAUAUAUUUAUUGGAGAAGUAAGUACGGACAUUUUUUACAUCAAGAAAAUAUUAAAACACAUGUCUAUCUAUUUCAUUUAUUUUGUAAAAUAACACAAAUCAUAUAGUUGUUGGAAUACAUACUUGGACAAACUUCACAAUUUCAAGAAAUAAAAUCAUACACAUUGAUUAAAUAUUAAACAAAUUAAUUAUUUAUAUAACCUGCUUAAUCAAAUUAGUAGAUUCUUUCAUUCAUAAUUACUUAAUAUUUAUUUAGGUACUUAAUAUAAUAUCGACAUUAUAAUUUAUGGUAUAAGUCUAGUUUACCGGACAUCUUUUGUUUUUCAAAUUUUUUAUUUUAAAUAUGUGUUUUUCGAUGUUGAUUUCAGAACUGUUCGAUUUUUUUUUUUGUGUAAACCAUUAUUAAAAAACUUAUGGAAGUUUGAAGUUAGUCAUUAUUACAGUUUUUGCUUAAAUACCUAAUUGUUUUAUAUUCAUUUAUUUACAUUUAAUUGGCUUGGUACUUUUUUUGUAGAAAAACACGUGUCUAAUCUCCAUAUAUGAUUUAAACAUUUUGAUUUUGUCCCUAGGCUCACCUCAAUUGAUUUUUCCUGUUGUGGUAUUGCACAACAAAUCUAGAGUUAUUUUUGGUUUAAAACAGUUCUACUAAUCCGAGCAAAUGAAUGACCUCACUGGAUCUCUAGGUGCACUGAUAAUACUAAUACGACGAACUUCAAACUUCCAUAACACCUUUCAUAAUAAUUUCCGUAAAAAAAUUCAAACAGUUCCGAAAUCAACACUUAAAAACAUGUAUUAAAAAACAAAAGGUGUCUAGCAAACUAGACUUGUUCCCUUAGAAUACCUAGGUAGAUAAUAGCAAACUAUUUUUUAUAUAUAAAAUAAAAAUCUAUUUUAAUCAAAAUCUACUUAUAUAGUUUAUUAUUUGAAACAAUACAUAUAUAAAACAAUCUUAUAGGUAGCAUCUGUCCAAAAUUAUGGAGCAUUUAUUAAGAUACCAGGGAAUAAACAACAAGGACUUGUACACCGCACUCAGUUAUCAAGAGUUCCUGUAGAUGAUGCUACUGAAGUUUUAUCUAAAGGCGAUAAAGUAUGGGCUAAGGUUAUUGGAAUGGUAAGAUGGAAUGGUUGAUUGUGUAUUUAAAUCAUUUAAUAUAUUCUUGUUUUUAUUUAUUCUGUUUAAUUAUUUUCUAAAUAAGUUAUUAUUAUAUAGGAUGAUGGAAAAAUUUCUCUAUCUAUGAAAUUGGUCGAUCAAGGUAGUGGUAGGGAUUUAGAUCCAAAUGGUGUUCAAAUAUUGUGAGUACUUAACUAUUUAAAUAGAAAUUAUAAUAACUUGUUUAUUGAUUAUGUUAUAUGUUAAGCCAAGAUGAACAAAGGAGGAAAAUUCAACCUAAUACUAAAGGGAAAAAAACCAUACAGUUAGAUGCAAUUUACAACACAAAGUGUGUAAAAUGUGGAACUGGUGGACAUUUAGCAAAAGAUUGUUUUAAAGUAUGCUGGAUUAUUUAUAUUUUUAAUAAUAUCAAUUAUAAUACAUAAUGUUAUAGGAUAUGUUUAGUUUAGUCAAUGUUGGUAUUUAAAUUGUAUAAUUAAAAUUUAAAAAAAAAAACAAAAUAUAUUUAUAGAGUACAUCUGGAAAAACAUAUGAUAUUUUGCCUGAAAAUGAUGACGUUGAAGAAUCGACUACUAAUCCUAUUCAAUCCAAAAGUUCUGAUAUAGUAAACCAAGAUGUUUUACCAACUGAAGCAAGUUUAAAAAAAAAAAAAAAGAAAAAAAAGAAAGAAUUAAAGAAAAAAAAGAAGAGAAAAAGACAUUUAUCAGUUUCAUCUUCAAAUGUAAGAUAUUUAUUAAUUAUUUUAAUAAAGUUACCUAUAUCUUUUUAAAAUUUGUAUAUUUUAAUUUAGAGUGCCAGUUCAGAAGAAAGUUCAAAAAGAAAAUCAAAGAAACAUAAAAAAAGGAAAAAAAACUAACAAUUAUUUAAAUCACUUGACAAAAUACAUUUUUUAUUUAGAAUAUUAUUUAUUGUACUUCUAAAAUAUCAAAAAAUAGUUUUAAUUGAAGUAGACUAAUAAAUCUUAAGAUUUAAAAAUAAGUAGCUAAAAAUGAAACUAUAUUAUAUUUAGCUUAUACAUUGUAAUACUUAAUAGAUUUUUUUUAAAUAAUAAUAAUAACUUCUAAACUGUACACCCACCAUUAUUUUUGGAUAUUUAGAAAAAAUGUGACUUAAUAAUUAUUAAUUUAUGUAAGUAAUAUGUCAAGGUUCCUGAAUGAUUUUUAUUUUGUUAUUUAUAUAGUGAUUAUAGUGAUUAUUUAUAUAUUUCAUGCAAAUAUUUGUUUCAAUCAGAUAAUACAUAUGUAGUUUCUAUUUAUAGAAAGAGUGAGGUGUGUCAAAAUUAUAAUUAAUGAGCAACUGAGUAUUCACUACUACUUAACAAUUAAAAUCGCGCCUAUUCAAUAAUCCUGACGCUCUAUCACUGGUUAGAUUGUGGAUACAAAUAAAUUAAGAUAUAGGAUUAAUAUGAUAUAUUUCAGGGGUGUCCAAACUUUUUUUGGUUGAGAUCUACUCAGAAUAUAUUUUUCCUUUGAGGAUUGAUUUCUUAACAAAAAUAUAUAAUUAUAAGUUACCUAAUAGGUAUUAAUAAACAUACACGUAUUAAAUAAUAAAACUAAAAUGUAUAGUUAAAUAAUGUUUUCCAUCAUACUAUUAUUAAUACUAAUAUAAUAUUGUAAAUACAAUUACCAGGAUAAACUCUGUUGAAUCGUAUUUCUUGAUAAAUUUACUAUAAUAUAAAGAUAGAAAUUAUCAGCAAUUGUUAUUUAUCUACUAAUUACAUAAAAAUAUUCUAACAAAAUGGAGAUUAACAUUUAACUCAUCUGAGAUCGACCAUUUGGCUACUCCUGAUAUGUUAUGAUGUAUCUUAAUUUGGGGUUGUGGGUAUACUGGAAAUAUUGCGACCGCAGAAAAUUUACAAAAUGUGUUUAACUUAACAGUACUUUUAGUGUGUAUAAAAUUAAUAAUUUACCUUUCCAAUUACUGUAUUUUAGAUAGAUUGAAACUAAGUACCUAAUGUAAUGUUCUUAGACAACUAAUAGAUCAGCAAAAAUGUUGCAAUCUAUGUUAUAUAUUUUCUAUAUUAUGUAAUCUUCUGAGUUAUACUGAGUUGGUUGUAGUAUUAUAUCAAUCAAAUUAUAUUUUUCCUUGUAAAUACUACCAUUACUAUGGUUUAGGAUUCUAUGUAUU